GUGGACCGUUCACAACAAAGACGAGAGGCAGAUUUUUAUUUAGAGUCAAUACAGAUUUAUCAGAUAAUCGCUCAGGACCAGAAAAAAAAAAAAAAAAAAAAACGACUGCUAUCGCCUUGAUAACUGGGAAGUCCACCAUGUUGGUAAGUUGCGAGCCCACAGGCUGAAAAGGUCUGAUCAGUUGGGAGUGCUGGGAACCGAGAGAUGGGGAACACUGCCACCAAGUUCCGCAAGGCACUGAUCAGUGGAGACGAGGUUCUGGCCUAUCAGCUCUACGAGGGCAACCCUCAGUUCAAAGAGUCACUAGACCCUAACACCUCAUAUGGGGAACCUUAUCAACACAACACCCCACUCCAUUAUGCUGCCAGACAUGCCAUGACACGCAUACUCAGGUCCUUCCUCUUUAGCAAAGAUGGGAACCCCAACAAACGAAAUGUGCACAAUGAGACAGCACUGCACGUGUUGUGCAUGGGGCCCCACAUCCUACUAUCAGAAGGGGCGCUACAGCCGCGUCUGGCCCGGCCCUAUGAAGAUGAGCGCAGACGAGCCGAGUGCCUCCAGAUGAUCCUAAAAUGGACCGGCGCCAAACUGGAUCGUGGUGAAUAUGAGAGUGCAGACGUCAGUGCCACUGAUAACAAAAAGAACACCCCUCUGCACUACGGUGCUGCCUCAGGGAUGAAGACAUGUGUCGAGUUUCUGGUGAAGCGUGGUGCAGACCUAUUUGCAGAGAAUGAAAACAAGGAGACCCCGUGUGACUGUGCAGAGAGGCAGCACCAUAAGGAGCUUGCGCUCAAUCUGGAGUCUCAGAUGGUCUUCUCCACCGACCCCCAUGCUGAGGAUAUCGAGGCAGAGUAUGCUGCCUUAGACCGCAGGGAGUUUUAUGAAGGUUUGCGAGUGCAGGACCUCAGGAGACUGAAAGACAUGCUGAUAGUGGAGACGGCUGACAUGCUGCAAGCUCCUCUUUUCACCGCAGAGGCUCUUCUUCGUGCUCACUACUGGGACAUGGAGAAACUUUUGGAAGCAUGGAUGUCUAAUGCUGAAGACUGCUGCCAGCGCUCGGGUGUUCAGAUGCCCACUCCCCCACCCAGAGGCUAUAACACCUGGGACACCCUGCCCUCACCCCGUACACCUCGCACAACCCGCUCGUCCAUCACCUCCCCGGACGAGAUCAGCUUGACCCCUGCGGAUGAUGAUCGCUCCCUGUGCGGCAUUUGUAUGUGUGCAGCCUCCAUGUUUGAGGAGCCUGUUGAUAUUCCAUGUGGUCAUGAGUUCUGCAGAGGAUGCUGGGAAAGCUUCUUGAAUCUGAAGAUCCAGGAGGGGGAGGCCCAUAACAUCUUCUGUCCGGCUUAUGACUGCUUCCAGCUGGUUCCUGUUGAGGUCAUUGAGAGCAUUGUGUCCAGAGAGAUGGACAAACGCUAUCUGCAGUUUGACAUCAAGGCAUUUGUUGAGAAUAACCCUGCCAUACGGUGGUGCCCGCGGGCUGGCUGUGAUAGAGCAGUGCGUUUGGCUGGACAGGGGCCAGGUGCCAGCACCUCUGACCCGCUCAGCUUCCCUCUCCUCCAGGCCCCUGCGGUGGACUGUGGCAAGGGCCAUCUCUUUUGCUGGGAGUGCCAAGGAGAAGCCCAUGAACCCUGUGACUGCCAGACAUGGAAGAUGUGGCUUCGGAAGGUCACUGAUAUGAAACCAGAAGAAUUGGCAGGUGUAAGUGAGGCGUAUGAAGAUGCUGCCAACUGCCUGUGGUUACUCACCAAUUCCAAACCCUGUGCCAACUGCAAAUCUCCCAUUCAGAAGAAUGAGGGCUGUAACCACAUGCAAUGUGCCAAGUGCAAGUAUGAUUUUUGCUGGAUCUGUCUGGAGGAGUGGAAAAAACACAGUUCGUCUACAGGAGGAUAUUACCGCUGCACACGCUAUGAGGUCAUUCAGCAGGUGGAGGAGCAGUCCAAAGAGAUGACCGAUGAGGUUGAGAAGAAACACAAAAACUUCCAGGAACUGGACCGAUUCAUGCAUUAUUACACACGCUUUAAGAACCACGAGCACAGCUUUAAGCUGGAAGAACGUCUGCUUAAGACGGCUAAAGACAAGAUGGAACAACUGAGCAAAGUUCUUAGUGGAAGAGAAGGAGGCCCUCCAGACACUACUUUCAUUGAAGAUGCAGUGCAUGAACUGCUUAAGACUCGCCGUAUUCUCAAGUGCUCUUACCCUUACGGGUUCUUUCUUGAGCCCAAAAGUACAAAGAAGGAAAUAUUUGAACUUAUGCAGACUGACUUGGAAAUGGUUACUGAAGACCUUGCACAGAAAGUCAACCGGCCUUACCUCCGCACCCCUCGUCACAAGAUAAUCCGUGCUGCUUGCUUGGUGCAGCAGAAGAGGCAGGAGUUUCUGGCCUCUGUGGCGAGAGGUGUGGCCCCCAAUGACUCACCUGAGGCCCCUCGACGCAGUUUUGCCGGUGGAACAUGGGACUGGGAGUACUUGGGUUUCGCCUCUCCAGAGAUCCAGAGGAAUCAUGCCUUUCUCGGGGGAAUUGAGCCGAGAGAGCUCUGUCAGUAUACAGGAAGCCAUCCGCAGGAGUAUGCAGAGUUCCAGUACAGACGCAGGCACAGGCAAUGCAGGCGUGGAGACAUAGCUAGCCUCCAAAGCAACACACCUGACCCUGAUGACCCAGGCCACAGCACUUUAGACACACAAGAGAUUGGUGGCAGUCAGAGACAGGGAAUGCCAAUGCCUCACAGCUCCCUAGAUGAGGAUGAUCCAAAUAUCCUUUUGGCCAUCCAGCUUUCUCUGCAGGAGUCUGGACUGGCUGCAGGCGGUGUUAGUGUUGAUGCUCAAGAAAUACUUGCUAACGAGGCAUCACUGGGGGCCAUCGGAACAUCCCUACCCACGCGGCUGGACCCGGUACUGUGUGGGGUAGAUGUGCCCCGUGUUGCCCUGAGCAGCUCUGAGCUGUUAGAGGUUGGUGAUAGCCUGAAAAAGCUGGGUAAUAUCAGUGGGCAAAAUGUCCCUCUGCGUUAUGAUAGUCUGAACAAUCCAACCCGUGAGUCUGCAGAGGGUCCCUUCCCAGCUUCUUCUGGACACAUGGAGUCCUCUGAGUUCAGUUCAGACAACGCCAACCUUCUAGGCAACAUCAUGGCCUGGUUUCAUGACAUGAACCCCCAGAAUAUCAGUUUGGUUCCCUCGGCCGGUGCAGCGCUCCAUGAAUUCAGCACUCAGUCAGCAAGGAUGACAUCAGAGCAUCAGAUUGUGGAGUGCGGCAUUCCACAGUGGACGGCAGUGGGCGAUAGAGAGCAAGAGUGCGAGUAUGGCACCAGUGGCACCACCGGAGUGCGCGAGCCUGUCAGGCCGACGCAGCUUGACCUGGUAGGUCUCGAUGUGUCUCUGGUGCCUCCUUCAUCUGUCGAGUUAGGGGAAACUCCCAGCGGUUCCAACCCCUGUCACUCCGAUACCCCAAAAUGUGACUCAGACCCUGACCAGCCUAGCAGUAGCUCCUCUGAAUGGGAGGGUCAAAUACAUCUUGUAUGAAAUACUGACUCCACCCACUAGCUAAACCACUUUUUGACGUGAAAUAGCUGCCGGAUUAAACCCAAGGAAACAAGAUUAAUCAUGACAAAAGAAGCUUUUCGUCUAGAUCAAAGCCGUGUUUUAAGAGUACACAAAUGUGUUACAGGCCUCUGUUAAUGUGCUUUUGAGGCAUGUGUUCUUUGCUCACUGAAAACUCUUUCCAAUCAUGGAGUUAAACACUUGUAAUCAGUCAGCAACUGGACCAGAAAGUGCUAUGAAAUCCCAGACAGGAAUGGAUGUGCGGUAAUCUUGUGCAGGUAGCCAGAUUGUAGGGUUCCUGUCUGAUUUCUAUUGAUGAGAAAAAAAUUUACUGUAUAGAACAGGACAGAACCCAUCAGUGCAUGUCCUGUUAGGAGCAAUUUCCUGUCUUUGUCCGUAAUUACAAGGAUGUAAAACAUGCUGUAGGUGCCAAAAACACUGGCUAGCACAUGCCAAAAUCACUAACGCCCAGUGGACGUUGUGCUGAUCGUGCCUGCUGCUGCUAUCGAGUACACUAUCCUUCCUUUAAACUAGACCUGUAGUAUCAGAAAAGUAUACUUUAGCAUCUAGCUCAGUAGAGCAGUGUGGUGCUGAUAUUCACAGAAACAUAAAGAACAGUAAUUCUAGUUGCAGUCUACUUUUGUUGUUUUAGUUCAUCUUAAUCACUGUAAUCUGUCACUGGUAAAUUCGAAUUAAAGUAUUGACGAGGUUGAACUCAGUGUAAGAGCACGAGCUGACUUUGUUAAACAUUUUCUCUUUGCAACUUAUCACAGUGCCUUUUCUGUGAAACUUCUCGUUAUUUAUAGCCACUCUCUUUUGCGCUCAGAGCCCAGAGUGUGGGAAGUUCCAACACACAUCGUUGUACUUUCAGGUGGCUAUUAAGCAAACAGCCUCUGAGCUCAAUGUUUUUUAAAAGAUAUUUUUUUAUAUACUGUAAGUUCAGUUUUCCUUUAGCAUGCCUCUGGUCCCUUUCCCCAGGGUGUUUUUAAAGGAAUUAUUUCAAAAAGAAAGAAUGAAUGAACUCAGACACAUUUUUCUCGAUCGUUUAGAUUAUAUACAUCUAUAUUUAAUCUGGAGAUACAUUGCGUGUUAAAGGAGAUGUGGUAUCCAUGACAUGUGGCCACAGUGUGUGUUUAGGGAAAGUUCAUCAAAAAAAUAACUUUUUGGUCAUUUACCCACCCUUAUGUUGUUCCCAACCCAUAGGGUUUUUUUCUUCAGUGGAAUACAAAUGAAGAAGUUUAACAGAAUGUUCACACCGCUCUUUUCCAAACAAUGAAAGUGAAUGGUGACCAGGAGCUGUCAAUCGUGAACAUCCUGCCUAACAUUUUGUGUUCCAUGGAAGAAAGAGUCAAAUGAUGACAUUUUUUUUUUUUUUUUUUCAUUUUUGGGUGAUCUUUUCCUUUAAAAUGUCAUUACCGCUACAAAUCCAUAGAUGGAAUCUUGGUGCAUGUCAGAUACAUUCUCCCAAGAACCACUAUAGUAAAACAAAACUGAAACAAUAAAAUUUAAAUUUCAUUUAUUUUUCUUUCUGUUUUAUGACACAUUUGUUAUCUUUUUAGAAUAUAUGCAGAUUUCAUCUUUGGAUCUGUCAAGGGUGUGUGGCAAAGGCACAUCUAUGUGAUGGCAAGCAGCUGUUUUAGCUGCAGAUAGUACAUUUCUAAACAUGGUGGUACUCGCCCACAAUUAGGUUUUUUUUCUCUUUUUUUUUCUACAAAAAUACUGUGGUAUUUCUCUACAAUAAAUUAUGGAAAGAAAUUAGCUAUUUAUUUGAUAUUGAAUGUCAUUCUUAAAAAUGAAUGAAAAUGAAGGUGAAGUUGAUGUAAAAAAAAAACAAAUGAGUGCCAAUAUAUAUUUUUUUCUUUGUAUACAUCAUACUAUAAUAACACAGUGCCACUUUUCAAUAUUUGCUUAAUAAAUAUGUGACUGCUGAAAUAAUUGUUAAAAGCCAUUCAAACAAAUUAACGGAAUGUGUUUGAUUUGCUUUAAUUUCCUGUGAAUGCCUGGCCAAUUUUUAUCAAAUGAAAUUGAGCUUCACCGUUCAGCUAAAUCACAGCAGCACUGAAUUUUAAGCACUUCAGAAGAAUUGCACAAAAUCAGCUCACACUUCAGCCUUGAAAUAACCCACUUUAUUUGAUAGGUUUGCUUUAUAUUGGCACUUUUAACUUGAUUUGAUUGAACAGGUGCUUAAUGUAUUGCUGUAAGAUUGAACGAAUAUAAACGUUGAAUCUGACCUUAUGCACUAAAGCAGUAUUGCACUGCAUAAUGAAAAAGUGCAAAAUGAAGGCAAACCUGUUUAUUAAGAGGUAUUUUAAGACUUGAAAUCAUUCCAUGGGAAUACAGGAGUAGCCACAUCUAAUUUGUUUUCUUUAUGUAUGUGUGAUCAGAAUCAAUUCAACUCAAUAAAUUGCAGUAUUUCUUCAGAGUAAUGUAUGUUGGCAAAGGUUGAGGUGGAGCUAAUGUCUGUUUUAAUGAAGUAUAUGGUGAAUUCUGAACAUCUGUCCAGACAUGAAAUUUAAGAUAAAAAGUUGUCUUGUAUGUGAUGGUAUGAUGUGCAUUGAGUAAUUACAAUAAACAUAAAUCAUGUUUUCCUGAUAAAUGGCCAUUCAAGUGUCAAAGAUAUUGUUUGGGGGAGGGAGGAAUAUUUUAUUUGUGGAGGGGAAAGAAGCACAUUUUGUAACCCAUUACAGAUUUUUUAUUGUUAAGCAUCUAAUCCUUGAAAUGGAAUUUGCACUUUCAUAAUCUUUACUUGAUACAUUCCCAAUUUAUAUGGAAAACAUAAACAAAUGUGUGAUGUUUGGCCAUUGAAUUGGACCGAUAUGAGUGUGAAUCUUAAUAAAGUUGUUACGAAAAGUUUGGUUGUAAAAGUGGUAGUGUUUUUUGAAAAUUAUUGUAAAAAAAAAGAAAAAAGAGUCUAUGGGCUGCAGAAAUAAAAGUAACAUA